UUGUGCGAUCGUCUUAAAUAGAAGAAAAUUAUCAAAGGAAUAACUUAAAAAUUCAAAGGAAAACUCUAAGAGAUGCGAGUAAUCCACUUGAAUUAGACGAGGCUAUGUUUAUAAAAAAUUAUAGACUUAACAAAGCUUCUUUCACAUAUGUGCUCGGUGAGUUAGAGGCGGGAAGCGCAAUUCACGCCAGGUCAACAUCAAUGAAUCAAAUCACACGCCUGGCAUCUGUGCUACGCUUUCUUUUUGGAAGGCAGCUAUCACCACGGCGUUGAAAAAGAUUUUGAUGCACCAAUGGCUCAAUCAACGAUUUCCGGUAUUUUAAAAUCCACACUAGCAGUCCUGCAAGCACGCUUAUGUCCUCAUUGGGUAAAUCUGAAUAUGACAGACGAAGAAAAACAAAAAGCCAGAAGGCAUUUUUAUGCCAAGUAUAGGCUUCCGGGCGUUAUUUUGUGUGUGGAUGGAAUGCAUAUAAAAAUCGUUUCACCAAAGGAGGACAAAUUUCUUUUUUAUAAUCGGAAAGGUUUCUUCAGCAUCAAUGCCAUGAUUAUUUGUGACAAUGAAGUGCGAAAAAGGUACGUCAAUGCACAAAACCCAGGAUGUAAUCACGAUUCUCACAUAUGGAAUGUGAGUAGUGCAAGGUCCUUUUGUGAGAGGAAAUAUUUAGAAGGCGAGAGGAAUUGCUUAUUAUUAGGUGACGCAGGAUAUGCAUUGGAGCCAUGGUUAAUGACUCCUUUUCGUGCACCACAAUUAGGUAGCCCAGAAAGUGUAUACAACAAAGCACACUCAAAAGCAAGGAAUAUAGUAGAAAGAACUAUUGGAGUUUUAAAAAAUCGUUUCAUAUAUCUUUUAAGAGCUCGUGAACUCCACUACGAACCCUCAAAAGUAAGCCAAAUCGUGAACGUGGCAGCGGCUUUACACAACAUUUGCUUGCACUACCACGUUAUAGAAAUGAAUAUGUUCCAGAACUAUUAUCCCUCAACGAAGCCCCUGAAACAGCAGCCACUAGCACUAAUGAAGCCGCAUCACAGAUUAGGCAAUCCAUUUUGAUGACACUUUUAUAAUAAAUACUGAUAUUCAUCUAAUUAGCAAAAUAAACAAAACUAUUUGAAAUUCAUUUUAUUUCGUUA